AUGGACAUCCUAAGAGUCUUGUCUCGCGGCAUCAAGCCAAACCCGAAAAGCAAAGCCCAAGCCGGAGGUGCCACCACCCAGCUCCCCUCGGCCGGCGCUCUCCCCCGUCCGCAGCUCUUCCACGACCCCGUCGGCUCCCGCGGCAAGAAGAGGAAAAGAAGACGGGGCGCCCAGGAUGAUGAGCCGGAAGGAGACGACCAAGAGCUCAGCGAUGUCGAUUACUUCGCGCCGAAGAAGGCCGCCCCGGAAGCUGCGCCGACCGACGUCGAGGAGUCCCCUAAGAAACGCAAGAUCAAGCUACUAGACGAGGACGAGUGCCGCCAGAUUCUGCGGUCGCAUCGUCUCAAACUCACAAUACUAUCGGACCAACCCCAAGCCGAGGCGAAGACGGAGGCGGAAGAGCCAGCGUCGAAGAAGAAGAGCAGCAAGAAGAAAAAGAAGGAAACUGAAGGCAAAGACAAGAAGGACAAGAAGGACGAGCACAAGAAGCAGAUCUUCCCACAGCCGCUUACCUCCUUUGGCGAGCUGCGACACACCUACGACGUGUCCCCGCAGCUGGCAGCGAAUAUCGCUGCGCAGGGCUUCCGCGUGCCGACCGAAGUGCAGAUGGCCAGUCUCCCUCUCCUACUGCAGCCAACCACGGCGCUGAAGAAGUCUGAGGGGGCGGAUAUUCCCAACAUCGACAACGGGGCAGACUUUCUUGCCGUUGCCCCUACAGGAAGCGGCAAGACCAUCACAUUUCUCAUCCCGGCAAUUGAUGGGGUUCUGAGGCGACGUGCGGAGGAGGGGCGGGAUACCGACCAGCACGUACUGGAGGCGGUCGUCGUUGCACCGACGAGGGAGCUAGCGACUCAAAUUGUGAAUGAGGGACGGAAGUUGGCUAUCGGGACUGGUGUACGGGUGGUGCUGAUGAAGCGGGCUCUGAAGCUAGACGUGGAGGAGGUAGCGGACGAAAAGAGCAAGGACUUAGAAGAAGGCAGCGGGAGCGAGCAGGGGAGCGGUGACGAAGAAAGCGAGGGCGAGGAAGAGUCAGAAGGGGAAGAGGGCAAAACAAGCAAGGAGGCCAAGCCGCUCGCAAGGGUCGAUAUCCUCGUAACGACACCUAAGAUCCUGCUCAAUUUCUUGUCUGGGAAAGCUGGUGCUCGAAGGCUCCUACCUUCGGUCAGGUCCCUCAUCCUCGACGAGGCCGACGUCCUCCUGGAUCCCCUCUUCCGCAAACAAACCAUGGCUAUCUGUCGCGCCUGCACCCACCCCAACGUCGCUCUGACCUGCUGGUCCGCCACCAUGGCCUCCAACGUCGAGGCCCUCGUCACCAAACACCUUCUCCAAGCGCGCCAAGAAGACCGACAGCCCACCCCCGCCCUCCACGACGAGCUCAAGUACGACAUCCCCCUCGAAGCGGGCGGCUCGGCACGAGUCGCGGUCCUCCACUCCUCCAUGGCCGACUCCGCCCGCUCCAAGAUCAUGGCGCGGUUCCGCGCGGGCGAGGUAUGGGUCCUCGUCACGACCGACGUGCUCGCGCGCGGCGUCGACUUCGCCGGCGUCAACGGCGUCGUCAACUACGACGUGCCGACGUCGGCCGCCGCCUAUGUGCACCGCGCCGGGCGCACGGGGCGCGCGGGCCGCGAGGGCGGCGUCGCCGUCACCUUCUACACCAAGGACGACAUCCCCUUCGUCAAGAGCGUGGCCAACGUCAUUGCCGCGAGCGAGAAGCAGGCCGGGGUCCAGGCCGAUGGCGGCGGUGGCGGUACCGUGCAGAAGUGGCUGCUGGACGCGCUGCCCAAGGUGGCCAAGGAGGAUAAGCGCAAGUUGAAGGUGCGGGGUGUCGAGUCGCGGCGCACGGGCGGCAAGGCGACCAUUACGACCAAGAGCUCGUGGGAGCGGCGGCGGGAGCAUAACCGGGCGCAGGCGGUCGAGGCGAGCAAGAGGCGGAAGAGGCAGCGGCGGGAGGAGGGGCCGGCGGCGGGUGAGGCGGAGGGGGAGUGGGGGGGGUUGGAGGACUGA